AUGCCGGAGGGGGUCAGCGCGUUCACCCAAGCGCUAGAUAUCAGCAUGAACAUUACUCAAUUACCAGAAUAUGCAUUUAAGAACUUUCCUUUCCUACAAGAACUACAAUUGGCUGGCAACGACCUUUCUUUUAUCCACCCAAAGGCCUUGUCUGGGUUAAAAGAACUCACAGUUCUAACCCUCCAGAACAAUCAGUUAAAAAUAGUUAAUUUAGAAAAAUUUCCUCAGGCUAUUAAAGCCCUUUCUAGUCUGAAAGAGCUAGGAUUUCACAGUAAUUCUAUUUCUGUCAUCCCUGAUGAAACAUUUGGUGGUAAUCCACUGUUAAGAACCAUACACCUGUAUGACAAUCCUCUGUCUUUUGUGGGAAAUUCAGCAUUUCACAAUUUAUUGGAUCUGCAUUCCUUAGUCAUUUGGGGUAUGAGCAUGGUGCAGUGGUUCCCCAGUCUGACCGGAACUGUCCAUCUGGAGAGCCUGACCUUGACAGGCUAAAGGCCCUUGAAGCAGUACAAAAAGAGGUGUGGAACCAACUCGCCAAGGCCUAUGAGCCGGGAGACACACAAGUGCCUCACCAGUUCCAGGUCAGAGACUCAGUGUACAUCUGACAACAUCGGGUGGCUAAUUUGGAGCCUCGGUGUAAAGGACCCUACCUGGUGCUGCUCACCACCCCAAUAGCAAUAAAAGUCGAUGGUAUUGCAGCUUGGAUCCAAGCCUCCCGUGUCAAGCCAGCACUCCUGCCAGACCCAACUUGGAAGGUGAAAAAACUGGAUCAUCCACUCAAGCUUCGCAUCUGCCGCAACAGCCCUACUCCUGUUGACGACUCUACCGGUGAUAAGUAGUGCCAACCUCCAUGCUCCCCAGCUACUAACCUGACAGAUCCUCUCGCAAACCAUACAACUAGUUUAAAAUAUCUCUGCCACCCAGCCACCCUGGACAUGGUGGCCCACCUUACACCCCGAUUUUUGCCUGCUCACUGUCGGUGUAGACAGCAUAGAUAUGAGAUCCUGGGGAACAGGCCUACCCCACUUAAAAGAUCCUCCCACAGCCCAGAGCCCCCCACUGGUGAAUGCCCAAGCGGCCCUCAGCUGGCCGGCUGUAAAUGCUCUGCCCAACAAAAAAUUCUCCAGACAACCGAAUUCUAUGUAUGCCCUAAAGAUGGGUGAUCCCAGGCUCAGGUGUGAAAAUGUGGGGGGCUGGACCAUUUCUUCUGUCAGACUUGGGGCUGCAAAACCACGGGAAAUGCCAGGUGGAGACCCUCCUCCUCCUGGGAUUCAAUUACUGUAACAUUUAAUCGGUCCUCCAGUGACCUCUGUAAAUCUCAGUGGUGUAACAUGUUAAAUAUUUCUUUCACUUCACAAAAAAAAAAAAAAAAAGCCCUCUGGGACUGGGAGCAGGGUCACACAUGGGGGCUCCAACUUUACCUAACAGAAAUAAAUUAUGGGUACAUAAGUUUUAUGAUUAAAACUCCUUGCCAAAAAUGCAAAAUGGGGGAAUGUAAGAAUAAAAUUAAACUAUGUCUAUCCUGUUUUUGUAAAGAUAAAGUCUAACCUUUCCCUCUUUCGCUUCUGUACUAAAGCUGAUGCCGCCCUCAUGAUAAACUGCUGAAGUUGUGGAAGCCUGGGGCAAUUUGCUAGCUCCCUGUAGGAAGCCCAGAGCCAUUUGCAAGUUAGCUUAGCACCUUGCAGGAAGCUCGGACCCUUGUAAAACUCGCCCCCCAUUCUGCUAACCCGGAAAACCCAGAUCAGAUGUCUCUGCAAAUCAGACCUGGUUGCAACAUCUGUAAAGAGAAACAUUUUUGUCCUGCUCGAGCAAGCAGCUUCAGGGUCGCCAUAAAAUUACCCUGAAAGCCCCUUAUCUUACUUCCUCAUUCUUUCCUCCCCUCACCCCACGGACUUGUGUCUAUAUAACCUGAAUGCCCGUUUGUCCGGGGCUUCACUACUAUAGUGUCUUGCAAGACUGAGAGUGGAGUCCUAGUGCG